AUGCCUGGCCAGGACAUUGGCGGUCCCUGGUGGUUCCUGUUUUCAUUAUCAAGAUGGGCGUACUGGCACCUGCUGACGGACACAGUGGCCGCCUACCUGGCGUUUGGCUUGUUCCGCUACCUGGACACGUCUGUUCCCGAGGGCGUGCAGGAAGUGUGGAACGCCAGGAUCCUGGACGCUGCACUCAGGACUCAUGGAAAACUGGUAGGUUACAACUCACCUGUCACUAUGACACAUGACACAAGACGUGAUGGUGGAUGGUCCUGGCUGUCUAUAGAUGUGUACGACCCGACAAUGAGGGAGCUGGCCAAGAGAGUGUCCAUGGUGGUGGUGUCAGUAGGAUACCGUCAGUCUCCCGAGCAUGCUCAUCCAGUCCCUUUUGAAGACUGCCUCACCGCCGUUUUAAACAACGCCGUCAAGCUGAAUUUAGAUCCGACCCGAGUAGCGAUAUCUGGUGACAGCGCCGGAGGACAUCUGACUGCCGCUGUGGGCCUCCGCCUGAAGAAGAUGAAGAUCCAAGUUUCGAUAUAUCCCUGUCUACAGCUGCUGGAUCUCCAGACUCCAUCCUACAUCGAGAACAGGAUGUACAUCCCGGGAAUGCUGAACGACGUCUCCAUGUUGUCCUACUGGCUGAACUACGGCAACAUCAGCUACGACCAUAUGGACGACAUCCUCGCCAACAGGCACACCUCAUCUGCUGUCAAAAAGUCGAAAUACGCGGAAAGGAUUAGUCCGAAAUACUACAUGAAGGAGCAUAUCAGGACUGAGAGUUUGAAGUCACCCUCUAAACCCACCGAUUUCGGAAACGAAAACCUUUUUUCGACAAUUGAAGGCACUGUCCUUGACCCAUACUUCGCGCCAUUGAUGGCCGAUAACGCGGAGUACAGAGGUUUACCUUUGACCUAUGUGUUAACCGCCGGAUAUGACGUGCUGCGCGACGAUGGACUUAUAUAUGCGCAGCGAUUGAAGGAGGCAGGCGUGGACGUACAUCUGGCGCAUUAUAAGGAAGGUUUCCAUGGAAUGAUUUUCUUUUUUGAUGGACCAAUACCAUUUGAAGUUGGCAAACGGGCACUGGUGGAUCUAGUGGUCUUCUUGAAGAAACACUUAUGAACGAAGUCUCCACUGAAGUAGGUCUUUGAUUGCCAUCACAAGGUAUAUUGUAGUAAAG